AGACUUUUUCUUUUUUUAAUUAAUUUCCUAAGACCUUCUUUCUGUUGGUAGUAAUAUAAAUAACAGUGACCAGUAAGAAACACUAUGCAGUAGAAAGAGAUGGCAGAAGAAAUAUCCAGUAAAGUUCCUGAAGCACAUCCAAUGAAUGGUGGAGAUGGGCCCAACAGCUAUGCCAAGAACUCAACUCACCAGAGAAGAGUUGUGGAUGUUGCUAAAGAGCUUCUAAACAAGGCAAUUCUAGAAAAGCUUGACAUAGACAUCACGCUGUUGUCCAACACCUUUCACAUUGCAGAUCUGGGCUGCUCUGUUGGUCCAAAUACAUUUUAUUCAGUGGAAAAUAUACUUGAAGCAGUGCAGUCCAAGUAUCAAAUCCAGGGGCAGAAUUCCCAAAUCCCAGAAUUUCAAGUUUUCUUUAAUGAUCAUGCUCAAAAUGAUUUCAACAUGCUCUUCAAAUCCCUCCCCCAGAACCGGCAAUACUUUGCAGUCGGUGUGCCUGGUUCUUUCCACGGCCGGCUAUUUCCUAAAGCUUCGAUUCACAUUGUUCACUCUUCUUAUGCCAUUCAAUGGCUUUCUAGAGUACCAGAAGCGGUAGUGGACAGCAGCAGUUCUGCUUGGAAUAAAGGACGAAUCCAUUAUUCAAAUUCCACAGAUGAAGUAAUAAGGGCUCAUGAAACUCAAUAUAGUGAGGACAUGGAGUGCUUCCUGCAUUCCAGGGCACAAGAGAUUAUGUAUGGAGGACUGAUGAUACUUAUGAUUCCAGGCCGCCCCGAUGGAACUCCUCACUCCCAUUCUCAGGCAAAUAUGACCUUACAAUUUCUCGGAUUAUGCCUCAUGGACAUGGCUAGAAAGGGAGAUGUUAGUGAAGAGAAAGUAGAUUCAUUUAACAUACCUAUGUAUACCAUGUCUCCCCAAGAACUGAAAACUGCUGUAGAACGAAAUGGAUGUUUUAGUAUAGAGAUAAUGUCAGACUUACCUCAUCAUCAGUUGGUAGAUGACACUAUCACCCUAUCUCAACUACUUGCCUCUCACCUGAGGGCGGGCAUGGAGGGGAUCGUCAAGCAGCAAUUUGGAGAAGAAAUCAUAGAUGAACUGUUUGACUUGUAUCGGAAUAAAUGUGAAGAGCAUGCCUCCAUAUUUAAGUCAGGGAAGUCAUGUAACUUUCUUGUUGUGCUUAGGCGCACUGCAGAUUGAUUUGGAACAUGCUAUUGGUGAAGCAAUUGUUGAAUUUCCCUUUA